AUGCUGAAAAGACUACACCUGCACACUCGAUGUCGCCGUGAUCAUGAGGAUUAAAUGGAUCAAACUUCUCAUUCCAUGUUUUCUGCUGUCAGUAGGUGAAUGUGGUUCCCAUUCUCUGUUGUUCCUGUCCACAGGGCGUACGAAACCGAAAGAUCGACCUCUUUUUGAGCAGUUAACCACUUAUGAUGAUGUUCCAAUCUCAUACUGUGACAGCUGGAACAGAAGUGAACAAAUCAAACCUACAUUGGAAAACAACCACUUAUUUGAAACCUGUGAUGGUCCCUGUGAUGAUAUGAUAGUGGCUCUGCAUGAAAUUCCAACAUUGAUCAACAGCACAGUGUAUGUUGUUCAACGGAGGCGUGGCUGUAUCCAGUCAGCCGACAGGAGUGUCUCUGGUUUUGAAGCCUGGGCUGUGAAUGGAUUGGACUUCUUAACUUUCGAUUCUAAAUCUCAGAAAUGGACCGCCCACUCCCCCUCUGCAAAAACACUUCAACAAAUAUGGAACAAAGACGAAGGAAGAAAUAUAGCUUUCAGUGACUUCAUCAAAAAUAUUUGUCCACUGAUGAUCCAGAAAAUUACUUUCAAAAUGAGCAGUGAAUACACAGAGCUGCAUGUAUUUGCCAAACCUACUAAUGACAAAUUCCUGGUACUACUACGGUGUCAUCUGGCAACUACCGACAAAUCAGUGACUUCAGUGGAUCUGAUUGUAGAUGGAGCUUCUGGGGUGGACUGGACAUCUCUGAUUGGACCGUUACCAUCUGGAGACACAUCUGUGAUCCUCAGACUGACAGCUCGGAUCUCCCUCAAACAAAAAACCAGCACUUAUGGGUGCUCAGUAAAAACAGGCAGUCAUAAAACCACAGUCUUCUGGGAUGGCAAAACGCUUGAUGGCACACACCUUUUUUUUAAUGGCAACUGGAUGGCUCUGACUGCAAUAAUGGGAUUUGGAAUCAUGGCUAUUUUAGUAGUCAUAAUCAUCUAUGGAUUGAUUCUUCUUCAGAAACAUGCCAAAAGGUCUCAAUCACCUCCAAAAAAGGAUCCACAGCUGAUGAGGUUCAUCAAAGAUUCUUCCUUUCUAGAACUUAAAAUUACUGUUCUUGUGGAUGAGGAUCACCAAGACUAUCUGGUUCAAUGGGAAAAGAAGAACAAGGAAGAAGAUCAAGACUACUUUGCUCAUCAAUAGUCAAAGAUAUAUCAACAAACUAUUGAUAGUGAACAGUGUCUAUUCAGGAAAGUUAAAGUACAUAAGUGUCAUUUUUUAAAAGUCAUACAGGGAGAAAUCCAUUAACACAAAGCACUUGUCCUCUGAAGAAAAUAACUGGACAGCAAGUCUUCAAGAUGAAAAUAUUAAACAACAGGACAUUCUAUCAGAGCAUGUUAUUAAAAGAUGGUCUAAAAGAAAUUAGUCUAAAAGUUAUUAAAAGAUAUGUAUAUCAGUGGUGGGUGUUAAAACUUUGGAAUUCUCUUUAUAAUGAACUGAAGGAUUGUAAAAACACAUUCCAGAUGAAGGAAGUGUAUAAAGACAGAACUAUGAGAUUAUAUGAACAGUUAUAAGUUUUUACAUUUUGCUUCAGAUUUGUUUUGCAUCCUGUGACAUGUAUUUAUUUAUUUUGGUCUGGUAUUGCAAUGGUUUUGCAUAAUUUCGUCAGCAAUAUAUUUACCUAUGUUUUGUUUGUUUUGUACUUCCUGGAUAUGUAGAUUUGCACUUGGUUUUGUAUUUAUUUUGUAUAAUCUUUGGAUGUAUUUUGUUUGGUUUGUCUGACUUUAUAGCAAGUUGUGAGUAGCUAAGUAUUAAGGCUAUUAUUAUUUAGAAGGGGGCAGGAAAUAUAACAUUUUCUUCAUCCUGCUCCUUUUCGAGCAUGGGUGUGUACAUGUUCGUUCAACUGAUGAUUAUUGAAUGUUUGCUGAUGAA